GCGGUUCCUAUGUGGGGCUGAGGCAAGGAGAAAAUUUAUCUCAUUAGUCUUCCCACUUUCUUCUUUCCUUUCUGCAACAACCUUGCCAUGGCUACUAAGGAAUGCAACAAAGAAUUCUCCAGCGAGUGCGUACUGCUGACACCAGAGGAAGUGAGUUUCUUUCAACUCUUUCGCAUCUUGUUCCCCGGUGACAAAGGGAAGGAAAAUUUUGUGGACUCUCAGAAGGGAGUGGAGUCGACUUUCAAGCGAAGAUGGAUCAUAUUCAUCUCCAUCUUGGUUCAGAAGUUUCUGCAGUCCGUGGCAAAGCCACUGUCAUGGUUUGGAUCAAAGUUUGAGACGGGGUUGAACCUUUCCUCAAGUAAUGGCAGCUUUCGUAUGCUCUUGCUCAAUUGCUUUAGAGGAAAUAUCCAAUGGCCGGACAAAACGUCGUCGACUUUCUUAUCAUUCAAUGGGCAUCUAGACAAGCGAGUGGAGUUAGAUAAAAGCAUCAAACCAGGAGAUAGCAGAUACCAUGCAGCACUCUCUAUUAUGUCUGCUAAGGCAUCUUAUGAGAAUGAAGCCUAUAUCAAAACUACAGUAGAAGAUCAAUGGAAGAUGGAAUUUUUGGGGUUUUUUGAUUUCUGGAAUGACUAUCAAGAGAAGGCUACGACACAAGCCUUCAUACUUCGCGAUAAAAGUGGUGGCAGCGAUACCAUCAUAGUGGCCUUUAGAGGUACUGAAACAUUCGACGCGGAUGCAUGGUGUACUGACUUUGAUCUCUCUUGGUAUGAAAUCCCCGGUGUGGGGAAUAUUCAUGGGGGAUUUAUGAAAGCUCUGGGCCUAAAAAAGAACCUGGGUUGGCCUAAGGAAAUCAAACAGGACGAUAGCCACCCACAGGUGGCUUACUAUGCCAUUAGGGAAAUGCUGAGAGAACACUUGAAGGCAAGCGAUCAAACAAAAUUUUUGGUGACUGGUCACAGCUUGGGUGCGGCGUUGGCCAUCCUCUUUCCGGCGGUUUUGGUGUUGCACGAGGAGGGAUGGAUGCUGGACAGACUCCUAGGCGUAUACGCAUUCGGGCAGCCCAGGGUUGGAGACCAGAAGUUUGGGGAGUUCAUGACAGAGCAGCUGAAAAAGCACAGUAUUCCAUAUUUCAGGUUUGUUUACUGUAACGAUUUGGUGCCUAGGUUGCCCUAUGACGACACGGCCCUUAUGUUUAAGCACUUCGGAACGUGCCUCUACUUCAACAGCUCCUAUGAAGGAAAGAUUGUUGCAGAAGAACCAAACAAGAACUACUUCUCUCCAUUGAUGGCCAUGCCCAAGACCUUAAAUGCCAUGCGGGAGUUGAUAAGAAGCUUCACUAUUGCACGCUCAAAGGGAAAAGAGUACACAGAAGGGUGGUUCCUCAGAUUCUUUAGGGUGUUGGGACUUAUAGUCCCUGGUGUUUCAGCUCAUGGCCCCCAAGAUUAUGUCAAUUCUACCCGCUUGGGAUCCCCAGCCCUGUUUCUCCCACACCAUGACCCAACACCUUGACUAUGUAACCCUACACAGGAAAAAUUUUAGUGUAAUUAAGUUUCUGUAAUUUCUAUUGAGAAAGCAGAGUGCAUUAAUUGUUUAUUAAACAAUACAUACGAUUCUUUCUAUUUGCCUAUCACUUAAGGUUUAGUCUC